CGCUGAGGCGCUCAGGGGCUGGUGGCGAGGCAGGUUGAAAUGUGCGUUUGAAUGUAAUAAAUCAGUGCGGGGCGUAGGAAGGAGUCUCAAUCCGUGCCGGCGCUAGGAAGUGACGGGAUGGGGCCGCUGGCUCCGCCUGCCGUCAGGAAAGCCUUGGCUCGGAGUUGUGCCGGCGGUCCGGGUAAAACAGGUUAGAGAGCGCCUGGCCCGGCGCAGCCUGCGGCUCAACCGGUGCGCACGGCAAUGCAGAUUCCAGUUUUUACGGUUGAUGCAUUUACACACCGGCCAUUUUCUGGAAAUCCUGCGGCAGUUUGUCUGCUUGAAAAUGACCUGGAUGAAGAUUUGCACCAAAAAAUUGCGACAGAAAUGAACCUUUCAGAAACAGCUUUCAUCAGAAAACUGAAACCUGGAGAUGACUUUACCAAAAGUUCCUGCUUUGGGCUCAGAUGGUUCACCCCAGCCAGUGAAGUUCCUCUUUGUGGUCAUGCUACUAUUGCAUCAGCUGCUGUGUUAUUUCACAUACAAAAAAAUACAAACUCAGUUCUCACGUUUGUGACGCUGAGUGGGGAAUUAAAGGCCAGACAAGUGAAAGAUCAUAUUGUCCUGGACUUGCCACUUUACACAGCCUACCCCCAGGAACUUAAGGAAGUAGAAGAAUUAAUAAAGGCAGCUGUUGGUGACAUGAUUGUUCAAGAUGUCCGUUAUUCUCCUGACACAAGGAAGCUCCUGGUCCGCCUCAGUGAUACUUAUGACAGGUCUGUGUUGGAAAACUUGAAAGUGAAUGCACAACACUUUUUGUCAGCUGAAAAGACAGGAAAAUUGAAAGGACUCAUACUCACUGUUAAGGGAAAUUCCAGUGGAAAAGGCCAUGAUUUUUACUCCAGAUAUUUUGCACCUUGGGUUGGAAUUCUGGAAGACCCUGUUACAGGAUCUGCUCAUGCUGUUUUAAGCAGCUACUGGUCAGAGCAGUUGGGGAAGAAAGAAAUGCUUGAUGUGUAUAAAAUCUAUGUACAGUGUGAAGUACUCCUGGUAAAUACAGGUGUGGAAUGGACAUGCCACGGCUUUUUGAUCUAAAAGGUGAGUGCACUUCAGAGAUGCCUGAAUGCCUCCAGAGGCACUGCUGUUAAAUGAAAUCCUCUAGAUAUUGAAAUGUUCCAUGCAGGCCUGUUUAGUCUUGGACAUAGCAUGAAAUACCAGUGCUUUUGUGUGAGAGAAGGAAUAGGUCAAGUGUUAUUUUCAUAUAAGCUUGUCUAAAAAUUUCUUUUGUAAGUUAAUUUUUGGUUUUUUUCUACUUUGGAAGUUUCUUCCAGAAUAGUAAAGUAAAAUAAAAUGGACCAGUAUCAAAACAAUCUCAGUAAUCCUGACAGGAAAGAGCUAGAGUUCAGACAUUUAAAGAAGAAAAAACCAAACCAACCUUUGAAGAAUUGAAACAAUUAAUCUCUUUAAUUUCAGUCUGUUAUUGUGGAAGACCUCAGUGUGUCUCCACAUCUGGCAAUAAUAAUUGAUCAAUUUUAGCUGGCCUGGGUCUUUUAAGAGUCUAAAAUAUUCACUUCAAUUACAACUUGAAGCAUUACUCCAUUCAUAGAUGGUGUUCUGACAAGUUAGAAACAACCCACAGUUCUAUAAAUGGAAAAGAACAGAAAGUAUCAAUCUCAAUCUCUAAAUAACUCCUGUUUCCACUCUUUCAGAGUGCUUGCUUUGUCUGAGAGUCUAAUCUGAUCAAAGAAGAGCUUUCUUAGCAGCAGUGCCUGAGAAAUAGUUUAAAAGCAUACAGCAUGUAUGACAUGAGAGAGCCUGUGCUCUGUUGGGAUCUGAAUACAAUCUCUACCUAAUUUAUAAAUUGUGGGUUUGAGAGGAAAAACGUGCUCCUUAGCUUUGGACAACUUCUGGAGCAGUUGGAAGUUUAUUGAGUAAGGGGACUGAACAUUAUUGCCUCUUCAUCCAUAUAGAGCCUUUCCCAAAAGCAACACUGUGACCGUGUUCACAGGGGUCCCAGGAUGAGGGAAGAGAUGAGAAAGUUGACUCCAUGUAUCAGAAGGCUUGAUUUAUAAUUUUGUGAUAUAUAUUAUAUUAAAACUAUACUAAAAGAAUAGAAGAAAAUAUUUCAUCAGAAAUCAAGAAUAGGAAAGGAAUAUAUAACAAAGGUUUGUCUCUGACUGAGACAGUCUGGACAGCUGGACUGGGAUUGGCCAUUAAUUAGAAACAACCAGAUGAGACCAAUCCCAGAUCCACCUGCUGCAUUCCACAGCAGCAGAUAAGAAUUGUUUACAGUUUGUUCCUGAGGCCUUUCAGCUUCUCAGGAGGGAAAAUCCUAAGGAAAGGAUUUUUCAUAAAACAUGUCGGUGACACAGCAUUGCUCAAAACUUUUCUAAAUGCCAUCUGAACCAGACCCUUUUCAAAUCAUGCAACUAAAAUGAGACUGCUGAAACGAGUUAGAGACUCCACGUGCUAGGUGAAGACCUGUGUAUGGCUCAGCAGUUCAGACAAAAGCUGAAUUCUCUAAGCAAUUAAAGCAGAAGGCUGUUUCAAUUCAGAUUUAUCCAGUUUCUAUAAAUCAUUAUCUGUUACAUCCUGUGUGAGAAUUUGGUGUCAGUUUCUAACAGCUGAAGCAGCAUCUGUGUUUCUUUGUAGACUUUUCCCACUGCCUUUGUGAGCUUAUCACCGUUUAGCCAGGCAUAUUCUUUGAAUGCAGUAUCAACUUUUGGUGUUCAGUGCCAGUAAAAUGGUCAUUCAUUCUCAUGCAGAUAACACUUGGUGUUCUUCCUUCUUCCCUCCAAAACUGUAUCCCAUGAAGGGAGAAUUCAAGACUUCUUAGAUACAUGGAAGAAAAUAAAUUUGCUGCAACGAAGCAACCUGCCCUUCACUGCUUGUAGGAAGUAGCAGGUUUGUCAGGCUUAAUAAGCAAGGUCUGCUUGGAAAUACACCCUCAGCUGACCUUCAUCCAUAAAGGCAAUUCAUCCAGGCUCUCCCUGGUGCUGCUUGCUUUCUGGAGCCAGAAGCCUCCUUUCCCUGAGUUUUGAUGGGUUUCUAAAUAAUUUGGGAGACACAGUAGUUUUUAACUCUGGG